CCUGAUCCCUGGUAAGAGGAUCCAGGUCAGUGUGUCUUUUGCAGGAGCAGGCGUUUGGUUUGACAGAGCAGCUGCCUGACCUGUAGCACUGUCCUGUCGUAGCUGUGAGUCAGCGUCCAGAAACAGUCUCUCAGCCUUCCGCUCGGCACCAGGACGCUACAAGGGUGUAACCAAGCCACACUCAUGCUCAACAUUCUGGAUUAACAAUCAUUGGACAGAGGAGGUUUAUGUGAAGUCUGUUGAUGAAGGAGUGGACAAGUUGAACUUGAAGCUUACAGGAGGACCAAAGUUUUAAGAUACUGUAAGUCCUGGAAUCCAGUCUGAAAGGAGUGAGUGUAGUCCCUCAGGCAGCAGGAUGGUAGUGUUAUCUUUGAAGAUCUGCGUGAGGCAGUGCAAUGUGGUGAAGACUAUGCAGUUUGAGCCGGCCACAGCCGUGUAUGAUGCGUGCCGGGUCAUUAGAGAGAGAGUUCCGGAAGCUCAGACUGGACAGGCAUCAGAAUAUGGGCUGUUCCUAUCAGACGAGGACCCGCGGAAAGGUAUCUGGCUUGACGGCGGAUGCACGCUGGACUACUAUAUGCUGAGAAAUGGGGACAUCCUCGAAUAUAAGAAAAAGCAAAGACCACAGAAGAUUAAAAUGCUGGACGGUGCCGUGAAGACCAUAAUGGUGGACGACUCUAAAACAGUUGGAGAGCUUCUUGUCACAAUCUGCAGUAGAAUAGGAAUCACAAACUACGAGGAGUACUCCCUGAUUCAGGAGGAAGUGGAGGAGAAAAAGGAAGAAGGGAUGGGCACACUGAGGAAAGACAGAACUCUGUUGAGGGAUGAUAGAAAGAUGGAGAAACUCAAAGCCAAACUGCACACAGAUGAUGAAUUGAACUGGCUGGAUCAUGGGCGUACGUUUCGAGAGCAGGGAGUGGAAGAGAGUGAGACUCUGCUUUUGAGGAGGAAGUUUUUCUACUCUGAUCAGAACGUGGACUCUCGGGACCCGGUCCAGCUUAAUCUGCUCUAUGUACAGGCUCGUGAUGACAUUCUCAAUGGUUCUCACCCUGUCUCGUUUGAUAAGGCGUGCGAGUUUGGUGGCAUCCAGACACAGAUCCAGUUCGGCCCUCACAUAGAACAUAAGCACAAAGUUGGAUUCCUGGACUUGAAAGAGUUCCUACCUAAAGAAUACAUCAAGCAGAGAGGGGCUGAGAAGAAAAUCUUUCAGGAACACAAGGCUUGUGGUGAAAUGACAGAGAUCGAAGCCAAAGUGAAGUAUGUGAAACUGGCCAGGUCACUCAGAACUUAUGGAGUCUCCUUCUUCCUGGUGAAGGAGAAGAUGAAGAGCAAGAAUAAGCUGGUGCCUCGUUUGCUGGGCAUAACCAAAGAAUCAGUGAUGCGAGUGGAUGAGAAAACCAAAGAGGUGCUGCAGGAGUGGCCCCUUACCACAGUCAAGAGAUGGGCUGCUUCUCCUAAGAGCUUUACUCUGGAUUUUGGAGAGUAUCAGGAAAGCUAUUAUUCAGUCCAGACCACAGAGGGGGAGCAAAUCUCCCAGCUCAUCGCUGGCUACAUUGACAUCAUCCUCAAAAAGAAACAGAGUAAAGAUCGCUUUGGCUUGGAAGGUGAUGAAGAAGCCACCAUGCUAGAGGAAUCAGUCUCUCCAAAGAAGUCCACUAUUCUACAGCAGCAGUUUAAUCGAGUUGGCCGUGCAGAGCAUGGGUCAGUGGCAUUACCCGGUGUCUUGAGGACCAGCUCAGUUGGCCCAGAGACUCUAAAUGUGGGCACCAUGCCAUCACCACAACAACAGAUCACAACUGGACAGAUGCACCUCGGGCACAUGCCACCACUGAGUGCAGCCCAGCAAGCUCUGGUGGGGACCAUUAACACCAGCAUGCAGGCAGUGCAGCAAGCUCAGGCAGACCUAGAGGAAGUAGAGGAGUUGCCUCCAUUGGGAAACGAUAUGGCCUCCAAAGUAUGGAUCCAGAACAAAGUGGAUGAGUCCAAACAUGAGAUUCACUCACAGGUGGGCGCCAUCACUGCUGGUACUGCCUCUGUGGUCAAUCUCACAGCGGGUGACCCAACAGACACAGACUACACUGCAGUAGGCUGUGCUAUCACGACUAUAUCGUCCAAUCUAACCGAGAUGUCGAAGGGUGUGAAGCUGCUGGCAGCUCUGAUGGAGGAUGAGGUGGGCAGUGGUCAGGACCUGAUGAGGGCUGCCAGGACAUUAACUGGGGCUGUGUCCGAUCUGCUUAAAGCUGUGGAGCCUGCCUCAGGAGAGCCUAGGCAGACAGUGUUGACUGCUGCUGGCAGUAUUGGUCAAGCAAGUGGGGACCUUCUCCGGCAGAUUGGAGAGAAUGAAACUGAUGAGAGGUUUCAGGAUGUUCUGAUGAAUCUGGCUAAGGCUGUAGCUAAUGCAGCAGCCAUGAUGGUCCUAAAGGCUAAGAAUGUAGCCCAGGUGUCUGAGGAUACAGUCCUGCAGAACAGGGUCAUUGCAGCGGCAACCCAGUGUGCCCUCUCCACCUCACAGCUAGUGGCCUGUGCUAAGGUGGUGAGCCCCACUAUCAGCUCCCCUGUGUGUCAGGAGCAGCUGAUUGAGGCAGGCAAACUGGUGGACCGCUCAGUGGAAGGCUGUGUGAAGGCCUGCCUCUCUGCCACUGAUGAUGGAGUGCUGCUGAAGGCGGUCAGUGCUGCCGCUAGUGUGGUCACUCAGACUCUGGCAGACCUCCUCACACACGUGCGAAAUUAUGCUUCGCGUGGUGAGCCAAUUGGCCGAUACGACCAGGCCACAGAUGCCAUCAUGACUGUUACCGAAAGCAUCUUCAGUUCAAUGGGAGAUGCUGGUGAGAUGGUGAAGCAGGCACGGUUGCUGGCUCAGGCCACGUCUGAUCUGGUCAAUGCAAUGAGGUCAGAUGCAGAGGCAGAGAUCGAUGUGAACAACUCGAAGAAGCUCCUUGCUGCUGCCAAGCUGCUUGCCGAUGCCACUGCUCGCAUGGUGGAAGCUGCAAAGGGAGCAGCAGCUUAUCCUGAGAAUGAGGACCAGCAGCAGAAACUGCGUGAGGCAGCAGAGGGGCUGCGCGUAGCCACCAAUGCAGCUGCCCAGAAUGCCAUCAGAAAGAAACUCAUUACCAAGCUAGAGAAUGCGGCAAAACAAGCUGCUGCAGCUGCCACUCAGACCAUUGCUGCAUCCCAGAAUGCAGCAGCUUCCAACAAGAAUACUGCUGUCCACCAACAACUGGUUCAGAGUUGCAAGGCUGUAGCUGACCAUAUUCCUCAGCUGGUGCAGGGUGUGCGGAACAGUCAGGGCCAACCUGAAGAUGGCAGUGCCCAACUUGCCCUCAUUAUUGCCAGCCAAAAUUUCCUCCAGCCUGGCAGUAAGAUGGUGGCCUCAGCCAAGUCUUCUGUCCCAACAGUGGGGGAUCAGGCGGCAGCCAUGCAGUUGGGCCAGUGUGCUAAGAACCUGGCCACUAGCCUGGCAGAACUCCGCACCGCUGCCCAAAAGGCUUAUGAAGCUUGUGGUUCAAUGGAGAUAGACUCUGCCCUCACUGCUGUACAGACUCUGAGGAACGAGCUCCAGGAUGCCAAGAUGGCUGCCAUCAAGCAACAGCUCAAGCCUCUGCCUGGAGAAUCAUUAGAGAAAUGUGCCCAGGACCUUGGCAGUACCUCUAAAGCUGUUGGAUCGUCAAUGGCUCAGUUGCUUACCUGUGCUGCCCAGGGCAAUGAACAUUACACAGGGGUUGCUGCUAGAGAGACUGCUCAGGCUCUAAAGACUCUUGCACAGGCAGCGAGGGGUGUGGCUGCAGCGACGUCUGACCCAGCAACAGCUUCAGCUAUGUUGGAUUCUGCCCGUGAGGUCAUGGAUGGCUCGACAGUGUUAAUUUCGGAGGCCAAACAGGCAUUGGUCGCCCCCGGUGAUACUGAGAGCCAACAGAGACUAGCACAGGUGGCGAGGUCUGUGUCUCACUCCCUCAGUGCGUGUGUGAACUGCCUUCCAGGGCAGAAGGAUGUUGACAUGGCUCUGAAGAACAUUGGUGAAGCCAGCAAAAAACUGCUGAUGGAAACAAUUCCUCCUUGCAGUAAAUCCUUCCAGGAAGCUCAGAGUGAUUUAAAUCAAACAGCAGCUGAUCUAAACCAGUCUGCAGGUGAUGUGGUCCAUGCCUCCAAAGGAACCAGCAGUCAGCUUGCCGAUGCUUCUGGAAAGUUCAGCGAAGACUUUGAUGAGUUUCUGGAUGCUGGCAUUGAGAUGGCUGGCCACACACAGAGUAAGGAAGACCAGUUCCAGGUGAUUGGAAAUCUGAAGAACAUCUCCAUGGCCUCCAGUAAGCUCCUGCUGGCUGCCAAGUCUUUGUCUGUGGACCCUGGAGCAGCUAAUGCCAAGAGCCUGCUUGCUGCUGCCGCCAGGUCUGUAACUGACAGCGUUAACCAGUUGAUUAAUCUGUGUACACAGCAAGUCCCGGGGCAGAAGGAGUGUGACAGUGCGCUCAGAGAGCUGGAGGCUGUGAGGGGGUUGCUGGACAAUCCUAAUGAGCCAGUCAAUGAUCUCUCGUAUUUUGACUGCAUUGAGAGUGUCAUGGAGAGCUCUAAGGUCCUUGGUGAGUCUAUGGCUGGUAUCUCCCACAACUGUAAGACAGGAGAUGUUCCAGCUUUUGGAGAUUGUGUAGCUGUGGCCUCUAAAGCUUUAUGUGGGCUGACUGAGGCGGCUGGACAGGCUUCAUACCUAGUAGGCGUGUCUGAUCCUAACAGCCAAACAGGUCAUCAGGGCUUAGUGGAUCCCGUUCAGUUUGCUCGAGCCAAUCAGGCAAUCCAGAUGGCCUGUCAGAACCUCGUGGACCCAGGCAGUAGUCCCUCUCAGGUGCUCUCUGCUGCUACUAUUGUGGCAAAACACACUUCAGCCUUGUGUAACGCCUGUCGUCUGGCCUCUUCUAAGACGGCAAACCCUGUUGCCAAGCGUCACUUUGUCCAGUCAGCCAAAGAGGUGGCAAAUAGCACAGCCAGCCUGGUCAAAACUAUUAAGGCUCUUGAUGGGGAUUUCUCUGAUGAGAACCGUGAAAAUUGCCGUGUUGCAACAGCUCCCCUCAUUGAAGCUGUGGACAAUCUGACUACUUUUGCUUCUAACCCAGAGUUUGCCAGUGUUCCUGCACUAAUAAGCAGGGAGGGGUCUGCUGCACAGGAGCCAAUCCUCCAAUCAGCACGGUCCAUGCUGGAUAGCUCCACCCAGCUCCUAAAGACUGCACGCUCCUUGGUUAUGAACCCUAAAGACCCUCCCACAUGGUCCUUACUUGCUAGCCAUUCACGUACUGUGUCGGACUCCAUCAAAAGCCUCAUCACUGCUAUCAGGGACAAGGCUCCUGGUCAGAGGGAGUGUGACUCUGCAAUAGACAGCAUUAAUAAAUGUAUCAGAGAUAUUGAGCGUGCCUCCCUUGCUGCUAUUAGUCAAAAUCUACCCACCCGAGAGGACAUCUCAUUGGAGGCUUUGCAGGAGCAACUAAUGUCAUCAGUGCAGGAAGUGGGUCACUUGAUUGAGCCCAUCUCCACAGCAGCCAAAGGAGAGGCAGCACAGCUGGGACAUAAGGUAUCUCAGCUUGCUAGUUACUUUGAGCCUCUGCACAGUGCAGCAGUGGGCAUGGCCUCUAAAAUCAUGCACCACCAGCAGCAGAUGAACCUUCUAGAUCAGACCAAGACCCUAGCGGAGUCUGCCCUGCAGAUGCUCUAUGCUGCCAAGGAAGGCGGUGGGAACCCAAAGCAGGCGACUCUUACCCAUGAUGCCAUAGCAGAGGCAACCCAACUGAUGAGGGAGGCUGUCGAUGACUUAAUGGUGACCCUGAAUGAGGCUGCCAGUGAGGUGGGCAUAGUGGGUGGCAUGGUGGAUUCCAUUGCUGAUUCCAUGGGCAAGUUGGGGGAGGGGACGCCACCAGAGCCAGAGGGUUCCUUUGUGGACUACCAGACCACCAUGGUGAAGUAUUCCAAAGCCAUUGCUGUAACUGCGCAGGAGAUGAUGACAAAGUCAGUGAGUGCUCCAGAGGAGUUGGGUAGUUUAGCAUCUCAGGUCACAGGAGACUACAGUCAACUUGCACUACAAGGAUGUCUUGCUGCGGCUACAGCAGAGCCUGAAGAGAUUGGAGUGCAAAUAAAGAUGCGGGUGCAGGAGCUGGGCCAUGGCUGCCUUGUGUUAGUGCAGAAAGCUGGAGCUUUACAGAUCUGCCCGUCUGACUCCAUAACUAAGAGAGAACUCAUUGAGUAUGCACGAGUCGUCACUGAAAAGGUCUCUAUGGUGUUGUCAGUGCUACAGGCUGGUAAUAAGGGCACUCAGGCAUGCAUUACUGCAGCUAGUGCUGUGUCCGGCAUCAUCGCUGACCUUGACACCACCAUCAUGUUUGCCUCAGCUAGCACACUCAAUGCUGAAACUGACACAGAUUCCUUUGCUGAGCAUAGAGAGAAUAUUCUGAAGACGGCUAAAGCUCUGGUGGAGGACACCAAGAACCUGGUGUCUGGUGCUGCAUCUGGUCAGGAGAAGCUGGCCCGGGCAGCCCAGUCAUCAGCCAAGACCAUCACACAGCUCACUGAUGUGGUGAAACUGGGAGCGGCAAGCAUCGGCCCUGAUGACCCCGAGACUCAGGUGGUGUUGCUCAAUGCAGUGAAAGAUGUUGCCAAAGCUUUAGCUGAACUCAUUGGUGCCACCAAGUGUGCAGCAGGCAAAGCAGCUGAUGACUCAUCUAUGUUCCAGCUCAAAAGUGCAGCUAAGGUGAUGGUAACUAAUGUGACAUCUUUGCUGAAGACCGUGAAAGCAGUGGAAGACGAGGCUACUAGAGGCACCAGAGCACUGGAGGCCACCAUUGAGUGUAUUAGACAAGAACUCACUGUUUUUCAGUCUAAAGACACUCCAGGGAAAUUCACCACUCCUGAGGAGUUCAUUAGGAUGACCAAGGGCAUCACCACAGCAACUGCUAAAGCUGUGGCUGCUGGAAACUCCGCCAGACAGGAAGAUGUAAUUUCGACAGCUAACCUUAGCCGCAAAGUUAUCGCAGACAUGCUGACAGCAUGCAAGCAAGCAGCGUAUCAUGAUGGGGUCAGUGAGGAGGUCAGGAGCAGAGCUCUUCUGUAUGGAACCGAAUGCACCAAUGGAUAUGUAGAACUACUAGAGCAAGUUCUGCAGGUCCUUCAGAGGCCCACAGCCGAGCAGAAGCAGCACUUGGCAGUGUUCUCCAAACGAGUAGCAGGAGCUGUUACUGAACUCAUUCAGACAGCAGAAGCUAUGAAAGGCACUGAGUGGGUAGACCCAGAGGAUCCUACAGUGAUUGCUGAAACAGAGCUACUGGGAGCUGCGGCCUCGAUUGAAGCAGCUGCCAAAAAACUGGAGCAGCUGAAACCUAGAGCUAAACCAAAGCAAGCUGAUGAGAGUCUGGACUUUGAGGAGCAGAUUUUAGAAGCAGCCAAAUCUAUUGCUGCAGCAACUAGUGCCUUGGUAAAAUCAGCUUCAGCUGCCCAAAGAGAGCUUGUGGCACAGGGCAAGGUGGGCUCUAUCCCUGCUAAUGCUGAGGACGAUGGCCAGUGGUCACAAGGACUCAUCUCAGCUGCACGUAUGGUUGCAGCAGCAACCAGUAACCUGUGUGAAGCCGCAAAUGCGUCAGUGCAAGGCCAUGCCACUGAGGAGAAGCUCAUUUCUUCAGCCAAGCAGGUAGCUGCAUCCACCGCCCAACUGCUGGUGGCCUGCAAAGUGAAAGCUGACCAGGACUCUGAGGCGAUGAGGAGAUUACAGGCUGCAGGCAACGCAGUGAAGCGAGCAUCAGAUAAUCUGGUAAAAGCUGCUCAGAAAGCAGCCUUUGACAAGGCAGAUGACGAAAAUGUGGUGGUCAAGACCAAGUUUGUCGGAGGAAUUGCUCAGAUUAUUGCUGCACAGGAAGAGAUGUUGAGGAAGGAGAGAGAGUUGGAAGAGGCCAGGAAGAAGCUUGCUCAGAUUAGACAACAACAGUACAAAUUUCUGCCCAGCGAGCUUAGAGGGGAUGAGGACUGAAUGGCCACCAACUAGUUUUUGUGUGUGUGAGUCCCUAUGUGUGUGUGGUGAUGAUAUUUAUACAUGAACUUCUGAAGAUGGACACCAUUGAUUUCUGUAUAUGGUGCAGCAAUGAAUGUUUGAAA